UCCAGGGGCGCGGCCUGCGAUGCGACGCGAUGCCCUUGGCGGGGCCCGCCUCGCCCACUCGGCUCCGCUCCCCUCAGCGUGCGAGAGCGACAUGGAGGCGCCCGCCAAGGCUGCGCCGGCUCGGCUGGCCGUCCUCCUGCGCCACCUCCGCCCGGCCGGGGCCUCCGCCGGCUCCCUCACAGCAUUUCCUACUUCAGCCCAAGUUGCUUCUGUGAAACACCCGGUACAGUUCCGCUAUACCUUGGAUAAUAAUCUUUUAACUCCAGCCCAACGGCAUUUCUAUGAGGAGAAUGGUUAUCUGGUCAUAAAAAAUCUGGUCUCCGAUGAGGACAUUGAACGUUUUAGAGAUGAGUUUGAACGAAUCUGCAGAAGAGAUGUGAAGGUGCCGGGGCUCUUGAUCAUGAGAGAUGUCUCAAUUGCUAAGUCAGAGUUUGUUCCCGAUGAGAAAGCAGUUACGAAAAUACAGGACUUUCAGGAUGUUGAUGAACUCUUUAGAUAUUGCACUCUGCCUCAGAUAAUAAAAUACGUUGAAUGCUUUACUGGACCAGACAUCUUGGCUAUGCACACCAUGUUGAUAAACAAACCUCCAGAUCCUGGGAAGAAGAGCUCUCGACACCCCAUGCACCAGGAUUUGCAUUUCUUCCCCUUCCGACCGGCAGAUCUCAUUGUUUGUGCCUGGACUGCCAUGGAAAAGAUUGACCGUAGCAAUGGGUGCCUGGUUGUGUUGCCAGGAACUCAUAAGGGAUCACUGAAACAGCACGAUUACCCGGAGUGGGAGGGUGGAGUGAACAAACUGUACCAUGGUGUGCGUGAUUUUGAUAAAAGUGCUCCCAGGUUGCACCUUGCUAUGGAGAAAGGAGACACAGUGUUUUUCCAUCCCUUACUGAUUCAUGGCUCUGGAAUGAACAGGACAGACGGGUUUCGAAAGGCCAUCUCUUGUCAUUAUGCCAGUGGUGACUGCCACUAUAUCGAUGUGAAAGGUACCACUCAAGAGAACAUUGAAAGAGAAGCAGCAGAAAUUGCCAAUACCAAGUAUGGUAUACAUUCGCCUGUUACCCUCAAGGACAUUUGGGCGUUUCGAAGCCGUCUUGUGAAAGGAGAGAGAAGAAAUCUUUGAGGUAUGCUCCAAGUGUGAAGCCUUGGAACCGAAUUCUGAACUACUUGAGAGAAACCACGAUCCCUGCUUGGAUGAAUUGAGGGCUUUCUCCUUGCUGAUUCUUCAAACACGGUGUAUCUAAUAGUAAUCUUGGGUAAUACAUACACAUUUGGGCGGAAAGGCUUCAGUCUUCGGUGCUCCACCUUGGAGGGAAGGCAGCAACAUGCUCAAGUGCACAUCUUAAAUGAUUUUCAGUAUUUUAAUUUCACUUGGUGUACUUAAGUAAGGUUUGAUCUUUCUUUUAAAACAUGAGAACUUUAUUUAAAGAAUCUUAAAAAUUAGUGUAUUAAAACAAGAACUAAUGUGACUUCAGAUCUUUUAUCUAGAUGCAACUUUGUGAGAUUUAUUUUAACUGCAAAUCUAAGUUACCUGCUGGUUUUUAUGCCUUAGCAUAAAAGAUCCGAUUUAUUAUUCCUUUGUUUUGCUCAGAGAGUGAUCACUUUGUUAGCAUUCCAGCUGAUGUUUCCCUCCCUUUGGGGAAAAUACCUUAUAAUUUAAUUUCUGAUAGGGAGGACUACCUUGUGAUCUUUCACUUUUAAAAAACUUUUAGCCUGUUCUAUCAAGUGCUACAUGGUAAGGGCACUUUCAAUUCCUGCAUGUUUUAGAGGGUCAAGUAACAUACUACAGUGAAUGGGAGAGUGUGUGCGCUCUUAGUGUGUUAGAAACUGCAAUGCAGAAGAGUAUGCCUGGGCACACACAAGCACGGUGCUCUCUCUGCUUUUGAAAAGGAAAAGCCCAGCUUGCUUUGACCAGUGAAUGCUAGUCGUGCCAGCUGCUACUUCUGUUUUUAAAGAGUUUGGGAUAGGCUGCUAAGAGAAUGAUUGGCCUAUAUGUAGCACUUCAUGCAUUAUCUCAAUAGUAUAGCACUUGGAUAUCUAUAGCAUAGUGGCAGCCGGUAUCUGAAGAGAAGAGGGAGAAGAGAGGCCUGGUGGAGGAAGCAGAGAGAGAGGUGACUAUGCCCCAAAUUAUUGUUUGCAAGCAUGUCUUCUAGAAUACAGCAAUGCAGCCACUUUUUCUCAUCAUCAUACCCUAGUGGUUCUCUGCUUUAUGUGUGUGCGCGCAGCUUCAACACAAAUUUUCUCAACAAUCUUGUCAUUUCUCAGCCCUGCUUGGCUUAGUGUGGGAAAAGAGCAUCCAGAUAUAAAUUGAACCCACCAAUAGGAGUCACUAACAGCAAAACAACCUAACACCCAUUCGGGCAUACUUGGGAUAACUCCAAGAAGAGAGAGAGCUGUGUUUACACAAAUGUCUGUUAUUCACGUAAUCAGGAGUUUGGGCAAUGAGAAAUGCGGCUGAGAGCAGUGCCGUUUAUUUCCUCUUUUGCUCUUUGCUAAGUAACUUGGGAGGAUUUGUCUUCUGAGCUGAACUGCGUCCAAGAACAGAGGCUAUGCAAAGAUUUGGUGUAGGAAUGCAUCAUGCAACACGCUUGUGGCAAAAUCCCUUGAAUUUUAAAUUGCUGCUUUUUAAUAGGAUAUAAUAAAGUAAUAUAAUGUAAA